AUGGCUCAACCUCUUGAUAAUGGCGUGGGGCGUGGGGAUCGCGAUCUGGCAUAUUAUGAUCGAAUGGUGCGUCAAGCGAACAUUGCUUUUGACGGGGUCAUGGCAGAGCAUGAAGAGUUCAGGCGUGCUGUCCCCGCGAACACAACAUUCGGGGAGAUGGAGAACAUGUAUGAAAGGCAGGCCUACGCAAUAGCAGCAGCUAGGGAAAAUGUAGACGUCGCUCGCGAUGCUCGCCAAGACUUUCUUGCACAGCGACGCAGAGCCAAUGAUUCCGAGCAAGCUCCACCGCCCAACCCCGAAGGUGAUGAGGACUGCCAGGAACAACUUAGGAGAAGCCAGGAGCGUCAACGUCAGCUGGAAGGUCAAAUUGUUGCACUCAACCAAGAACUAGACGACGAACGAGAACAAGCGCGUCUACGUCGUAAUCAAGCUUUGGCUCAUGAGAGGGAUGACUUGGAAGACAAUCCAGAAGCGCAGGACAAUCAGGAUUGCGAAGAGCUAUUAAGAACGGCUCAAGCCGAAAGAGACCAAGCCUUGUCAGCUUUGGCCGACAGAGAAGCAGCACAAGAUAACGAAAAUCAAGAUCCACCACCACAAAACGAAGACUGCGAAGACCGAUUGGCAAGAUCUUUGAAUGAAAGAGACCGUGCUCGUUCGGAGACAGAUGUCGCACGCGCCGAACGAGAUGUUGCGCGCGCCGAGCGAAACUUCGCUGAAACUCUAGCCAGCGCAGCAAGAGAAAUGCGUAGGGCUGCCCCUCGUGUGGACUACCCAACGUUGUUAAGACAGGCCCAGGCAGAAACGGAAACUCUUAUCUCGCGACUUGGUGAUAGAGUGCGUGAACGAGACGAUGCCCGAGAUGAGAGAGAAGUUGCGCAAGCUAAUGUUCGUGACUUGGAACUUCAUCUUGGACGCAUGGUCAGAGAGACUCGUGAUGUUGUUGCUCGGGACAAUCCUGCUCAAGAGGAUCCUGUUGAUCAAGAAGAUCCUAGCCGUCAGGGAGACUGUGAAGAGCAGCUUGAAAUUCUCCGUCAAGAACUUCUACGAGGCGAGGAGCGAUUGAUAGUAGCAAGGACCGACCUUGAAGCAAGAACAGAAGAGCGCGAUCAAGCAAUAAACGAAAGGGACGCGGCACUUGAUCGUGCUGCAGAAAUGGCCGAAGAAAUGAACAACCUUCGUCUCGACUUCCAAACACGACUUGAUGUUGCAACAGGGGCGCUUGAUGCAGCACUUGGCGAGCGCAACCAAGCAAGAAUAGACCUCGAGAGAUUGACCCAAGAGCUAGCAGAUGCUGCUGGAGUAGUCGCGGCUCUUGAAGAAUGUAUCGAGGAGAGAGCCGUAGCACAAGCUGAGAUUGACAGGCUCACCCUUGAAAAUGAGGCCUUCCUUCGAGUUGGUGCCGAAUUCGGCGUUCAAAUCAACGAGGCACAAGCUGAAAUUGAUACCCUGACGCAAUCGCUAGCUGAUGCUGCUAGAGUAGCGACGGAUCUUAAUGAGUGUGUUGAGGAGAGGGCGAUAGCACAAGCUGAGAUUGACAGGCUCACCCGCGAGAAUGAAGCCCUCGUUGAAGGCUUAGUCUCCGAAGUGCAAGAUAACGACACGCAAGCAGAAAUCGAGAGGUUGACCCAAGGGCUCGCCGAUGCUAACGCGAGGGUUCAAGAACUCGCCGACGAGGUGGUUCAAAUCCAACAAGAGCGCGAAGACUGCGAUGAUACUUUGGAGGACGCGAAACGGAAAAUCAAGGAUUUGAAAAAGACGGGCAGGGAAGCAACGAAAGACUUUGAGAAAUGUGCCGACAGAUUGGAGCGGGAGAGGCAAAAAGUGAAGGACUUGAAGGAGGCUGAUAAGAAGGCAAAGGAUGACCUUGAAGAUUGUGAUGAAGCAUUGGAACUUGAGAAGCAGAAGGUGAAGGACUUGAAGAAGAAGAAAGUAGUCAAAGCGCCAAAGAAAGGCGGUAGGUCGACUGCACCAUCUCCAUCGGAAUCGUCGAACGAGGCUUUGGAUCGUGGUGGUAGACGUGGAGGGGAAAAAGCUGCCGAGGUCAUACCUAGCAUAAGCUCCGACUCUGAAUCCGAACCCGAAUCCACGUCAGGUUCCGACGAGAGUUACCGGCCGCCAGGAGCUAGAAAGCGAAAGCUCGUAAAGCAAAGUGGGCGUGGGAAGGCAAAGAGGACUAGGAAAGCUUGA